GUGAUCGAGGAGGCGUACCUGAAGCAGCGGCGCGAGCUCAUGGACAUGGCGGUGACGUGCCACGAGUGCGCCAAGCCCUUCACGUUCACCGUCAUCGAGCAGGAGUUCUUCCUCGAGCGAGGCUGGAAGAUCCCGCGCACGCGCUGCAAGGCCUGCUCCGAUGCCAAGAAGGCCAAGCAUGCUGCCAAGGGCGGCAAGGGCGGCAAGGGCGGCGGCGGCGGCGGCGGCGCGCUCGAGGCGCAUGCGCCGGACCGGACGGUGGGCGGCCGCGGUAAGGGCGGCGGCAGGGGCGGCGGCAGGGGCGGCGGCAGGGGCGGCGGCAAGGGCGGCGGCAAGGGCGGCGGCAAGGGCGGCGGCAGGGGGGGCAAGGGUGGCGGCGGCAAGGGUGGCGGCGGCAAGGGACCCAGCGAUCAGCGCCCGGUGGCGGCGAAGGUGGAGGCCAAGCAGGAGGCCAAGCCGCUUGGCAAGCGUUGGUUGGCCGAGGUGGGUCAUAGCGGCAAGCGCCAGCGGAAAUUCUAUUAA